AUGUCUCAAUCAUGUUCGGUAAAGAAAUGCACCCGAACAUCACGUUGGGUGUGUGAUUGUUGUCAACAAAACUUUUGUUUGCAACAUUUAAAUGAACAUAAUGCUUUUCUCACUUCUCAACUGAAUUCUUUGAACGACAACAUUAAAGUACUUAGAGAUCGUCUUAAAACACUAAAUAUUCAUACAGCAAUUGCGAAUAGUCGUCGAAAACUUGAAGAAUGGCGUCAAGAUUGUUAUAAGAAGAUUGAUUAUUUAUUUGAACAAAAAUGUCAAGAACUUGAUCAGCUUGUUGAAGAAAAAAUUCGACAACAACGUGAAGAACUCAAUCGAAUAUAUUCGAAAAUAACUGAACUUAUCAAUGCACAAGAAACAACGCGUCAAGAUAUUGAUUUAUUUACAUUAAACAUUCGUCAGCUAGAAACAAAUAUGAACAACAUUGAACAAACAUGUUUUACGAUCAAUACUCAUCCAUUGGUCAUAGACGACAAAUUCACUUUGAUUAAAACAACAACUGAACGUGAACUUGAUCUGUUAACUCUUUCACCUGUCUAUAGAACCAUGCGUUAUCCAAAAGAAAGUUUUGUAUCACUAAUUAGUAAUGAUCGAUACUUGAUGAUGCAUCAACAGCCAAAUUUAUGUUUAGUUGAUCGAGAAAUGAACAUAGUUAAACAAAAAUUAUGGUCAUACGGUCCAAUUUGGGACAUGUGUUGGUCAUCAACAUUAGAUAAAUUCAUUGUACUUGAAAAAAAUAAUAUCUAUCUCGUUGAUGAAAAUAAAAUGUCAGUUGAUCAUGUGUACAGAAUUGUAGAACGAAACUGGGAAUCGUGCACCUGUUCUGAUACAUCUCUCUUUGUAUGCACAAAUGAACGAGCUUCAUCCAUUAUGAAAUUCACAUUACUUCCAUCGAUCAAAUUUAUUGGAAUAUGGAACUCUCCUCUUACAUGUACGAAAAAUGAAAUUAUUGAUGAUAUUAAUCAUAAUAAUGAAAAUCUUGCUCUAAUAGGCGUGUUCCACUCGAAAGUUGGUCCAGGCUAA